AAGCUUUAUUGUGUUAUCAUUUCCCUAUCUAUCUUACUCUCUUGUUAAGCUUGCUGUUUCAGCUUUUUGUUAAGCAUACCUUCUCUUCUGUAGGUCUAAAAUUCUUGGGAAGACACCCACUCUUUGGGCCUUUCUUUUUUGAUCUUGUCAUAGAAUUUCGAGAGAGAAAAAAUGGGAGUUGAUUUGAGGCAAGUAGUGGCUGGUAUACUUACUCUCACCAUGUUUGUGAUGCUUGGUCAAAUGAUUAAAAGAGACCAUUUUGAUUCGCUUCAAGACAAGCUUCCUGGAGAUGGUGAGGAUGCUCAUUUUGAGAGUGUCAAUGCUAUUGAGAACGAUGGCCUUGUUAAGCUUUCUAAGAGGAGCAAAGGGCCUUGGAUGGAAGACAUCCAAGAGCUGAAGCCGUGUUGGAGCAGGACGGAUUUGGAUGAGAUAGAGCAGUCAAGAGGGUAUGUUACUUUCUCAUUGACUAAUGGUCCAGAAUAUCAUGUCUCUCAGAUAGCUGAUGCUGUAGUGGUAGCAAGGUAUCUAACAGCAACUCUUGUACUUCCAGACAUUAGAGGGAGCAAACCCGGUGAUGUAAGAAACUUUGAGGAUAUUUAUGAUGUUGACAAGUUCAUGAAAAGCCUGGAUGGGAUUGUCAAAGUAGCAAAAGAGUUGCCAAAUGAAAUAUCAAUCAGGGAUCUUGCUGCUGUGAAAGUUCCGAACCGGGUCACUGAAGAUCACAUUGUGGAAAGUGUAGAACCUGUAUUUAAAUCAAAGGGCAACAUAAGGCUUGCGACCUACUUCCCUACUGUAAAUAUGAGAAAAACCGCACAAAAAAGUAGUGUUGAUUCAGUCGCAUGUUUGGGAAUGUUUGGAACCUUCGAGUUACAAUCAGAGGUUCUCGAAGUUGUUGAUUCAAUGAUCGAUCGGCUUAGGACUUUGAGUCGCAAAUCGAAUGGCAAGUUUAUAGCAGUGGACUUGAGGGUUGAGAUACUUGAAAAUAAGAAUUGCCAUGGAAGUGGUUCUGCCAGAGCAAAAAAUUGUUAUAAUGCACAGGAGAUAGCUUUAUUCUUGAGGAAGGUCGGGUUUGAUACGGAUACCACCAUAUACCUGACUCAAUCAAGGUGGGAUAACAGCCUUGGUGUCCUCAGAGAUAUCUUCCCUAAGACAUACACAAAGGAAAGAGUAAUGCCGGAUGAGAAAAAGGGGAAGUUCCUUGAAUCAGAAGAUUCGGAAUUUGAAAAGGUUAUAGACUUCCAUAUAUGUUCUCAGAGUGAUGUAUUUGUACCAGCCAUAUCCGGCUUGUUCUAUGCCAAUGUAGCUGGAAAAAGAAUAGCUUCAGGGAAGCCUCAAAUCCUUGUUCCAGCUGAUAUACCUGCUACGUCUGCCCCCAUCACCAACUACCUCUCUCCUUACGUUGCCAAGAGGAACCACUUGGCUUAUUCCUGUUUCUGCUAGUCGUGUCCGUUCGAUGCAUGUGUGCCUUCGUAAAAGGGUGUCGGGUCUUCCCGUUUACCUCAGUUGGAGUCUUUUUGAGUAAGCAGAGGGAAAGACCAACUUUGGUGUUCAUACUUGGGUGUUAACUGGCCCUGAUAAAAGUUAUAUGUUAAGAUGAUUUUUGGUUUUUCUUUAAUGCGUUUCUCAAUGGGGGGUCAGAAAUGUUACAGAGUUCGGGUCUCAAUAUGUUGCUUGAUGUGAUGCAAAACUUCAUUUCUACUAUAAUUUAUUCAGUGUAAUAAGGGUGCAUAUUUUAUAACCUUCCAGUCUUUAGUUAAUGAAAAAAAAAAAUUCACCUUUUUA